UUUUCCCCAGUCCCCGCCCUCUUGUUCCACAGUGUCUUUCCCCGGUGACCUUGGGUGACCGCGCCAUCGCCGCCCAUCGCGUUCCUCCGGGCGGAAGAUUUUUUUUUCCCGGCGCUCGCUCCUUGCCCGGCCCUGCCCCUUGCCACCCCCGCAGUGGAGCCCUUGGGAUCCCCACCCACCCCCGGCCUAAAAGAGCCUCGGGGACAUUCUGCACCAGCCGUCGAUACUCAUGUGCUAGGCUCUCAUUUCCAGCCAGGCUCUGGCGUCGUAUGCACGCCGGCCUCGAUCUCUUCUCCUACGAGCUCCGUGCGCCUACUGUAAGUAGUCGAGCCGGGGGGCCGACGAUGGCAGUUAGCUCAUGACUGUAACCUUGUGUCAUGGAUGACUCUGCAUUAUCCCUUGGAACGAUAGAUGUUUCUUAUUUGUCAAAUUCAUCAGAAUACAGCUUGAGCAGAUGUAAGCACUCGAAUGAAGAAUGGGGAGAGUGUGAUUUUAGACCCACUGUCUUCAGAUCUGCAUCUUUAAAAUGGAAGGAAACUUUCAUGAGCAGGAAGAGGCCAUUUGUGGGACGAUGUUGCUAUGUAUGCACUCCCCAGAGCCGGGAUAAACUGUUCAAUGCCAGUAUUCCUUCCUUGGGACUGCGGAACGUCAUCUAUAUUAAUGACACACACACAAGACACAGAGGAUGGCUUGCAAGAAGGAUCUGCUACAUGCUUUUUGUGCAGGAAAGGGAUGUGCAUAAAGGCAUGUUUGCCAGUAAUGUGGCAGAAAAUGUAUUCAAUAGUACCAGGGUUCAGGAAGCAAUUGAAGAAGUAGCUUCAGAAUGGAAUUCCCUAGAUACUUCUCCUCCACAUGAAUCAAAAGCCAUCAGUAAGGUGAAAAAGAAAGCAAAACGGAUUCUGCAAGAAAUGGUUGCUAAUGUCUCACCUGCAAUGAUCAGGUUGACUGGUUGGGUGCUGCUAAAACUAUUCAACAGUUUCUUUUGGAACAUUCAGAUUCACAAAGGUCAACUUGAGAUGGUUAAAGCAGCAGCUGAGAUGAAUUUGCCUCUUAUCUUCCUUCCGGUUCAUAAAUCCCAUAUCGACUAUCUAUUACUCACAUUCAUUCUUUUCUGUCAUAACAUCAAAGCACCGUAUAUUGCUGCUGGUAAUAACCUGAACAUCCCCAUUUUCAGUACACUGAUCCACAAACUUGGAGGCUUUUUCAUACGUCGGAGGUUGGAUGAGACGCCAGAUGGAAAGAAAGAUAUUCUCUACAGAGCUUUGCUCUUUGGGCACAUAGAGGAACUCCUCCGACAGAAACAGUUCUUGGAAAUAUUCCUGGAAGGCACCCGCUCACGGAGUGGGAAGACGUCAUGUGCUCGAGCUGGUCUCUUGUCCGUGGUUGUAGAUACUCUUUCCACAAAUGCCAUCCCAGAUGUCUUGGUAAUACCAGUUGGAAUCUCCUAUGAUCGCAUCAUUGAAGGUCACUACAAUGGUGAACAGCUGGGUAAGCCCAAGAAGAACGAAAGCCUCUGGAGUGUAGCGAGAGGAGUUUUCAGGAUGUUGCGUAAAAACUACGGAUGUGUCAGAGUAGAUUUUGCACAACCGUUUUCCUUAAAGGAGUAUUUAGAGAGUCAGAGUCAAAAACCCAUGCUUGCCCCAUUGUCCCUGGAACAAGCUCUGCUGCCAGCUAUACUUCCUUCAAGACCACAAGAUGCUUCUGAUGAAGGUACAGCGGGUGUUGUCGUGGAGGCCAGGAAUUUGACUGAUGAGCCCCUAAGAAGGCAGUUGAUAGCCAACCUUGCUGAGCACGUACUGUUCACUGCUAACAAGUCGUGUGCUGUGAUGUCAACACACAUUGUUGCCUGUCUGCUUCUCUACAGACAUAGGCAGGGAAUUGACCUUUCCAAAUUGGUGGAAGACUUCUUCAUUAUGAAGGAAGAGGUACUGGCUCGUGAUUUUGACUUGGGGUUUUCAGGAAAUUCUGAAGAUGUUGUCAUGCACGCUAUCCACCUGUUGGGAAACUGUGUAACAAUCACCAACACCAGCCGAAACGAUGAGUUCUUUAUUACUCCGAGCACAACUAUUCCUUCAGUCUUUGAACUCAAUUUCUACAGCAAUGGGGUGCUGCAUGUGUUUAUCAUGGAGGCCAUUAUUGCAUGCAGCCUUUAUGCCAUCCUGAAUAAGCGAUGCCCAAAUGGGGCCAAUGGUAUUUCAUCCAAUCUGAUUAGUCAGGAACAACUGGUCCGUAAAGCUGCUGGCUUGUGCUAUCUGCUUUCUAAUGAAGGCACCAUCUCUCUGCCCUGUCAGACAUUUUACCAAGUUUGCCAUGAAGCAGUAGGAAGGUUUAUACAAUAUGGCAUUCUCGUAGUGGCAGAGCAAGAUGAUCAGGAAGACAUUAGCCCCGGUCUUCCGGAACAGCACUGGGAUAAGAAGCUUCCUGAGCCUUUGUCUUGGAGAAGUGAUGAAGAAGAUGAGGACAGUGAUUUUGGCGAAGAACAAAGAGAUUGUUACCUGAAGGUGAGCCAGUCGAAAGAGCAUCAGGAGUAUAUCGCCUUUCUGCAGCGAUUACUGGGACCUUUGCUGGAGGCCUACAGCUCAACUGCCAUCUUCAUUCACAACUUCACUGGCCCGGUCUCAGAAACAGAGUAUCUACAAAAGUUACACAAAUAUUUAAUAACCAGGACAGAAAGGAAUGUUGCAGUGUACGAUGAGAGCGCUACCUAUUGUCUUGUGAAAAAUGCGGUGAAAAUCUUUAAGGAUAUUGGGGUUUUCAAGACAACAAAGCAAAAGAGAGUUUCUAUUUUGGAAUUAAGCAACACUUUUCUACCUCCGUGCAACAGGCAGAAACUCCUGGAGUAUAUUCUAAGCUUCGUUGUUUUGUAGAUGAUGAUUGCAUUGGUUGUGAAAGAGGAAAAAAACCCAGGCCGUGAGGUGGAAGCCAGCGCUUAGUACAGUGCCCAGAGCUUAGUACAGUACCCGGCACAUAGUAAGCGCUUAACAAAUACCAUAAAACAGUCACUUUCAGGGCUUUCACUGACUCACGUUUAAGGUGCCAUUGUAUGUUAGGGCCUUAUCUGACUUAAUCCGCUGGAAGACAAGUGCCUUCUUACCUAUGAAUUUGUGAUAAUCCAAAUUCUGUGACAAAACAAUAACAAAUGGCUAAUACUUGGAGGGCUUCCAGACUUAUUGGCAAAACAAUCUGCAGGUUAAAAAAAAUUUCAUUACAUUAUAUUCUUAAUUUUUAUCAAAGGGUUAUAUUUUAAAUAACUACUUUUAAAGACUAAUUACUGUGACAGAUGCAAAAAUAUAGAUAUUAACAAGAGCCUGGAGCUUAUGUUUAGACUUUGUGCUGCUUGCAGCAAAUGGACUCCAGUUAAUAUUCCCUUUUAUGGAUUAUUUUGCACCUCUGGUUCAAUGACUUGUCUUUUUGGUAGUGAGCAAUCUAAUUUUGUAAAAAAAAAAAAAUCCUUCAUCCCAUAGUGCUUUGAAAAUGCAAUGGGCCAUGGCUGAUCUCAUACUCUACCCAGGGAUCUCAGCUGCAAGAAAAACACUAAAUAAAAGCUUAGGUCAGGAAGUAAACCUACCUAUAAACAGUCUGACAAUGAUCCGGGCAGAGCACUCACAAAGAAAAUCAUGUAGUUAAAACUCAAAUUGUCACCAAAUUGUCUGAUAUUCUCUACUUGGGUAAAAACUGGUAGCGGGAUAUCGGCCACAGGCACUGCUCCUGUUUCAUGUCUGUGAAUGAUGCGUCGCUCUAGCAUCGUACUCCCUACGUUCUCUGAAGCACAGGGUCCGUCUGCCAGGGACAGGGAAAUACUGCCUUCCUAGCUGUUGUUGUUGCUUCCUACAUCAUCCGGGGCUGUUUCCCUAAGUCUCCCACCCCACGCAUGGCCAUCUUCUGCCUUUUUGGAGCUUCGGUUGAUGGGGAGCUUAGCCCAGGUGCUGUGGUGCUAAGCCACAAGUUAAAUGGUUUAUGAAGAGAUUUGUAGACAUUUAGCUUUUGCAGAAAGCCAUAGUUCCACAACGUCCUUAGUAGAAGCCAUGCCCAAAUCUAGCAUGUCGAAUGGUUGUUUUAAACUAUAUAGGGACAGGUGAUGGAAUGGUCGUCUGCUCGUAAGAGGCAUGUGCCUUUUUUGUUAGUAUAAUAAUGAGCUCAUUGCCCUAAUGUUGAUGUUCCCAUGUGAUAAUGUGAUAUUAGCACAUUUUCUAAUGGCCUGCUGCCCAUUAUUUCUGUAGCAUAAUGGAAUUAGGACUUUUCCCUGAUGAAAGUAGUGACCUUAUUUUGAUUCUAAUGCGGUUAUUUAGGCUUAAAUUUAUAUCAUAAGUUUAGUUUUUAACUAUUCAAACAGCAGGUAAUGAAAAGUUUCAGGGUAUAUGCUACUGACCGGCAUUUCAUUGAAACUUCUAGCCCUAAUUUUACAGUCUUGAAGUCACUACCCCAUUGCACCUGUAUUCCAUUUUUAACUUAUUUUCUUUUAUCACUGCAUAAAAUGAAAUUCAAGUUGUUUCAUCCUAGACAUCGUUUGUGUUAAGCCAGUAUUUUAGUAGAUGUUUUGAUGUUCUUAGAAUCAUAGAGCUGGAAAGGAUCUCGAGUGGUCAUCUGGUAAAAUAGAAAAACUGUUUUGCUUGGAGCCAGAAUAAUACAUUUUGGGUAACUGAGUUCUCAAGGAAGCUUGGUUUUUUAGGCUUUUUUUUUAGGGUCUGCCUUACUGAGGGAAUCUGACAUCUUAUAAUCUUGAAAGACUUUAGAAACAGACAGUUUCCCUUUCCCAAAUAUUUUUUAAGUCCUUCCUAACUAUAAAUCACUGCAUUCACAAACCUCUUUGUCAGGGGCUAAAAGCAAAUGUAAAACACGACGACACAAAGGCAGUCAAGGCACAAUCACUCAGCACGAGCUGGUGCCCACAACCUGAGCCUACGUUCUUAUCAAAGUUUUCUACAAGUCCAGUUACCUGCUUGGAAAAGUACAGCGAAUGAUUCCUCAGCACUAUUAGCUCACUGUGAGAAAAAGUCUGCAUGCUUUUUGUUAUCAAUGGGUGCUUUGAAACCUUUUCUAAGAAAGAAAAAUCUCAACCAAAGUUAUGCUAAUACAGAGAGGUUCACCAGAGAAUUAGUUUGAGGAAAAGUGCACUAUCCUUUCAAUGCCUCAGUUAUUGAUACCCACUUACAAUCAUCACAACAGAAGUAGCAGGUCAAGCUCCAUCCGAUUUUGUCUUAGUGUACCCUGUUAACAUUUUCAGCCUAGCAUUGUUAAGGUUCGAUGGCUUCCAUUUAAGGUUAACCAAACUAGGUGCUUGUAAAUAAUUGAUUACAGUUUACGGUAUUGCAUUUCUGUGCAUCCUCUCUUGGGGAAGACUAUGUAAAGGAAACAAGCAAUAUGAAACUAAAGCUUCUCUAAUAACUAUAUCCUUUCUAAUUCAGAUUGGCCAGAAAAAUGGGGUAUAGGAGGAGCUGUUCAUUAUGUAAAACCCAUCAGGAAAAUAAUCAGUGCGGUAACUGGAGGUACGUUGAAGAUUGGAGAAUGAAGAUUCAGGUGUUUUGGAGAGGGUGAGGAGAGUGUUUAUAGUAUUCCCGAGAAACAACAAUGAGACCAUGCAGUGUAGGUAACCUAAAGGGAAAGUGUCUGGAUGUGCUCUAGACUUCUGUUUUUGGUGGAACUUGGCCUGCAUGCUUCUUCAGGAACCAAGGAGUCUACUGGGUUAUGAGGCAGCAAAGAUGAGAAAGAUUUCCUUUAGAGGCAGUUUGUCUCAAAAAUUUUUCAUUUUUCUCAAAGGGUUCAGGACUGUAGCUUUUAUCACUCUGGAUAAGUAGUGAGAGCCUUAAGAGGACAGAGAGAUCUGGGUGGCCCAGCCAACUGUAGGUGUCUGAGGACAAGAAUAGUUUGGAAGAAAAUCUGCUGACUUGAGUUGGGGAAAAAGAUGGGUUGUAAGAAAUGUUGUUUUAGGCCCCUGAAGACGGGCAUCUAGGUUUAACCUGAACUGAUGAUGGCAUUUAAGAGACUUGACUGAACAUCUCGAGCUCUGAAAUGACUUGAUGGAGAGUUGGAAACUAUUUGCCUGUUGUAAAAAGAAAUCACGGAUUCAUUUUGUAAAAAGAACGGUUCUAAGUGUGCUGUAAAAUAACACUGUGUGAGUGUUCGUCUGCUAAACCAGUUUGAAAAUAUUAACUAAUUUCUAUGCCUGUUAAGUGUACUGUAAGAAGCACAAAAAUGUAGUUUAUUUUAAUAAAAAAUAAAAAUGAUUGUGAUUCAUGAAA